AUGGCCUCCUCGACUCCAACUUCUAACAAGACAACAGCUACAUCAGUAAAGCUACGUAGUUGUGUAAUAUGCAGAAGUCGAAAAGUUCGUUGUGAUAAGUUGUCGCCGUGUUCUAAUUGCCGGAGAGCAAAUAUCCCAUGCGUACUCCCCUCAACUGAUCGACCUCCUCGCUGGGCCCGCCGGCUCGAGCGCGCUGGUAACUCGGUAGCAGAGUCAAAUGGCGCAAAGCCAGGACAAGAAGCUAGUUCCAAGGGAGAUUCGGUUAUUGAGAGACUUCAUAAUCUUGAGAAUUUAGUAAAGGAGCUAAGGGGCCAAUUGGAGCACGCCAAUGCCACAGCAGUGCAUUCCAAUGAUGAUGGCUUGCUUGGGCUUGGUGGUUCUGAUGGUUCAUCUCUCGAUCUAAAUCAUGAUCUAAACAGCUCGAAAGAUAAACUCUCUGUUGAACAUACUUCUGAUGUGCAGAAAAAAUUCGGUAGGCUAGUUCUAAAGGAUGUCAACCGGAGUCGUUACAUAAGUAGUGGUUUCUGGGCCCGCAUGAAUGAUGAGAUUGAGGGAUUACAAAUGGAGACUCGAGGUGCUAUCGACGCUGAUUCUGAUAUAUCUUCAAACAAUGAAGAUGUACCCAAGAUGGUAUCCACAUUGGAGCACGAGCGAACUCCAUCGGAGCGGCAUGGUUUUUUAUUCAAACACAAUCUAAACCUUUCUGAUUCCGACCUCUCUAAGUUGCGUCCAUUGCCGUCACAGAUACCUUUCCUGCUGAACGUAUACUGUGAAAACAUCCACGUAUUCAUGCGAAUUGUAGAUAUGCCGGCCAUCACCGACAUGAUCCGUGAGUUACGUGGAAACAAGGGCAAGGAACUCACGCCAGCAAAUGAAGCUUUAAUGUUUUCCAUCUAUUACGCUACAGUAACCUCAAUGGAAGAAGACGAGGUCAUAAGCAACUUUGGCUGUACAAAAUCGGAGUUAAGUUUCAAAUAUCGACUUGGUCUGGAAAAUUCACUUGCAAAGGCUGAUUUCCUCAGUGAGCCUGAUAUAACCCUUGUCAAAGCUCUGCUCAUCUUUCUUUUUCUGGUUCGGCGUCACGAGAGUCCUAGAUUUGUCUGGAUGAUGACGGGCCUGGUCAUAAGGAUGGCUCAAGCUUUAGGUCUUCACCGGGAUGGUUCUCACUUUCCUAACCUUACUCCCUAUGAGAUUGAAACUCGUAGGAGAGUAUGGUGGACGGUAUGUUUGCUAGAUUUGCGAGCAUCCGAGGAUCAAGGUACAGAACUGAGCACUACUGGUAAUAGUGUUGACACAAAGUUUCCACUCAAUAUUAAUGAUGCCGACCUCAAUCCUCAUACAAAGGAUAUGCCACCAGCGCGUUCAUGUGUAGCCGACAUGACCCUUACUGUUGUUUCAGCCGAGAUGUGUGAUGUUAUGAGACGGUUGAUGGCUUCAAGCAUCGGAGAAAGUCCGUCAAGUCCCGAAAUUCAAAGCCGAUUGUUACAUGAACUUUACGGGACAGUCGACAAACACUUUCUUCGAUUCAACAUGGGGAGUAAGACCAUUGCAUCCUGGUGUCUAUCAACUUUGACACGCAUGGUUGUGUCCAAAAUGAUUCUUAUUCUUAACCUUCCGGUGCUCUUCUCCUCUCCCAGCGAGAACCAUUCGGAGAAGGUUCGAACAAAACUCCUAAUAUCUGCCAUUGAGGUAGCCGAGUACAACCAUGCCCUUAACUCCGAGAAGGCUUGUCAAAAUUGGAAUUGGCUUUUUCAAACUUGUACGCAUUGGCAUGCAAUCGUAUACCUCUUAAUAGAAACUUCUCGACGCCAAUGGUCCCCCAUUAUCGAGCGAGCUUGGGUCGCUCUUCAUAGCAAAUGGUUGAUUCCUCGGCAAUUAACCAAUACCUCAGAAAGAGACGAGAACUCGCGCAUCUGGGUCCCGCUACGGAAACUUAUGGCUAAGACGCGUAAACAUCGAACAGCUGAGCUACAACGUCUGCGAGAGAAUUCAUGGUCAGCAAUUGAACUAGAGAGGGAAGAUGAAAAAAUACCGCUUCCAGCCAGUCCAGUACCGUCUUAUGAUGGAAACUCCGAUAAUGUCUUUCGCGAACGUUGGCGUCAGCUGGUUGCAAUACCUCUAGAGAUUGAGGAUCAGAGACGGCCUGCUGAGAUGUAUACCCCAGAAUCAACUGCUAGCGGCCCACCUACAAUUCAACGGAGCCUUGAUUCCACAUCGGUGUACGAACACAACGACUCUUCCUCGAAUCUGUACAUUGACAAUAGCAAAUUUUCCGGUCAAGAAUCAUCGAAUCUGUAUGACCAGUCAGUAAAUCCUCAAAGUCAAACAGGAAUAGAGCAAUCUUCAUAUCUAUCACACGACGGGGUUGAUCCCACCUCAAGUGGGUGGUAUGGUCCCAGUCUAAAUGUAAAGUCAAAUGAUAUGACACCUCCAUGGAGCGAAAUUGACCCCUCAGCCGGCAUGUGUGAAGAUAUAGAUGUCAACAUGGAUCUUGACAUGGACGUGAAUUGGUAUGAAUGGAUUGAAUCGGCACAGGUCAUGGAUCUUCCACUUUAA